UAAUUUAUUAUUAUUAUUUUUGAAAAAUCUCUUUUUUUGUUGUUUUGUUUGGGGUAAAACUCUCUUAAUGUACUCCCUCUAAAACCCUUUUGUUUGUCUUCAUGAUUUAGCUCAGAUCGAACAGGGCGGAGAAUUGGUAAGUGGGAUUGUUUCCGAUCUGUGAAUUAGGGUUUCGAAAGCUGAGAUAUCGAGACUGAGAAAGUUCUUAAUGGCUCCAACAAGAAAAUCUAAAAGUGUGAACAAACAGUAUUUGAGUAGAUAUGAAGUAUCUCCUGAUAAAAGUCCUGGGAAUUCAAGAAAGAGUAAGCCAAAGAAGAAAUUAACUGACAAGUUGGGAUCCCAAUGGAGCAACGCUGAGAUUGAGCGAUUUUAUAAGGCAUAUCGAGAGUACGGGAAAGAUUGGAAGAAGGUGGCUGCUGCUGUGCAUAAUAGAUCUGCUGAAAUGGUGGAAGCCCUUUACUGUUUGAAUCGGGCUUAUUUAUCUCUGCCAGAUGGAACAGCUUCUGUGAUUGGCCUUAUAGCAAUGAUGACCGACCACUACAAUGUCCUGGGAGGGAGUGAUGGUGAAAGAGAGAGCAAUAAACCUUCAGACACGCCGCGGAAAGCCCAAAAGCGCAAGCAAGCAAGGGUUCAUCUUGACUCCUCAAAAGAAGAUGUUCAACCUCGAUCAAUUGCAUCUAGUGAGGGAUGCCUAUCUCUGUUGAAAAGGGCAGGUCUUAAUGGUAUUUUUCCUCAUGCAUGUCGGAAAAGAACUCCUCGCGUCCUUGUUUCAUACUCGUAUAGGAAAGAUGAUACUGAGAUUUUUAUUCCACCAACCAAAAGAGUUAAGAAGUCUGAGGUUGAUGACGAGGAUGAUGAACAUGUUGCUGCAUGGACAUUGACUGGGACAUUGCAAAAGGGAGGCUCUCCUCAUACUUCUCAUUCACCUUAUAAAAGAGCAGAACACCAAAGAUCCUCACCUCUUCGUAGAUAUGAUAGGAUGUUGCCGCAACCACAAUCAGAGACAACUGAGGCCAAGCUUCGUGAUUCUUCAUAUGAAUGCCGGAUCAAAGGCAGGCCAGGGGAAAUGGAACUUGUAAGUGGAACUUAUGCCAGAGAUACAGACUCUUUGAUGGAUGUGGACGGCACUGAUACUGUUGAAGUUCAUCGAAAGGGGAAAAACUUUUACAGGAAGAAAAUUGAAGUUAAAGAGAUGAAGAGCAAUCUGUCUGAUGAUAGUGGAGAAGCAUGUAGUGGCACCAAAGGAAUUAUAGAUAAUGCUCUCCGAGGGAAACUUGUUAUGGAGAUUUCUAGUGCAGAAAAGAAACUUUCACCAUGUAGUGAGAGGAAAAGAAUCAAGGAGCUUGUCUUUGAAGAUCAAAGCUCUUCUCUAGAUGCUUUGCUGACACUAGCCAAUUUGUCCACUUCAAUGUUGCCAACAUCGAUAACGGAAUCUGAAUCUUCUGUCAAAAUGAAAGAGGAUAGAAUCACAUUUGAAGCUGAUGAUCAGUCUAGUGUUCUUGAAGCUGCAUCUAUAAGUCAUCAUAGAGAUAAAAUAAAGCAACGUGGGCCAAAUAAAAAGGUGCUCAACUUACUCAAUGGAUCUGAAGGUACCACCUCUCGAAAAUCAACAGUUGGUAGGUACUCUGCUAAGUAUGGUGGUGUUAUUUCUGAACCAAAACAACAGAAAGAAUCUACGAAUAACUCACGGAAAAGAAAACAAAAAUCCUCCUGCCCAAAGCUGCAGGUUUUGAAUGCUGAAGCUCCUCCAAUGGAUUCUCAUUUGAGAAAAUGUUCCAAUAAUGAGGAAAUGGCCAAGGAAGAGAAGAAAUAUCUCAAUAAAGGUAAAUCUGGUGCUCAGCAAACAUUAUUCAGAGUGCCAGCGGAAUCUGUCACUAAUAAUGAUCCAAAAGUGGCUGGAAUUGAUUCAGUGGUGCCGACUUCACAAGUUGCUGCUUCAAACUCUAUUAGCUUAUCAACUAAGCAUCAAAGUAGACGUAAAAUGAACCUGAAGAGAGCUUUAUUUUCAACAAACAAAAAUUUGUCUGCUUGCUCACUGGAAAAUCAGCCAAACGGCCAUUCUCUUCCACAGGAGACACUAAAGCAACGGCUCUCUUCCUGCAUAUCGUCCAACCUGGCACGACGAUGGUGCUGUUUUGAAUGGUUUUACAGUCCCAUUGAUUAUGCUUGGUUUGCUAAAAGGGAGUUUGUGGAGUACUUAAAUCAUGUCAGUUUGGAUCACAUUCCAAGGCUCACUCGUGUCGAGUGGGGUGUCAUAAGGAGUUCCCUUGGCAAACCACGGAGGCUUUCUGAACGCUUUUUAUUUGAAGAGAGGGAAAAACUUAAACAGUAUCGGGAGUCUGUGAGACAACAUUAUACUCGACUACGCCUUGGUACAAGGGAAGGACUUGCUACAGAUUUGGCACCCCCUUUAUCUGUUGGACAACGAGUAAUUGCCAUCCACCCUAAAACAAGGGAAGUUGAUGAUGGAAAAGUACUUUCGGUGGAUCACGAUAGGUGUAGGGUUCAGUUUGACAUUCUGGACUUAGGAGUUGAAUUUGUCAUGGAUAUUGAUUGUAUGCCAAUAAAUUCGUUGGAAAACAUGCCAGAAACUCUUAAGAGACAAAACAUUGCUUUCGAUAAAUCUUCUUUGGCGCCUAGAGGGUCUCAAGGUAAUGGAAAUUUAGAGCUUGGUGGGUCCAAGGCUUUCACUUCAAGUGGGUGUAUGGAAAAUGCAAUGGGCCCUGUGAACAUGUUGGCAACUCCAAUAAAGGUUGAUGUAAAACAUAGUGCUUUGCAUGGUAAGCCAGCUGUUUCGAAUGUUGUUAGUGCACAUCAAGCAGCCUAUGGUCACCCCCUUACAAUGGCACAUAUUCAAGGGAGAGAAACUGAUAUACAAGUUAUGUCUGAACUGAGUCAUGCUUUGCACAAAAAGGAAGCUUUACUGACAGAACUUAGACAUACUAACAAUGACGUAUCAGAAAUCCAAAAUGGGGAGGGUUGUUUAAAGGGUUCUGAACAUUUCAAAGAGCAUGUUACCACGUUACUUGUACAUCUAAAGGAAGCCAGUGCCCAGGCUUCUUCUGCAUUACUUAACUUGAGACAACGUAAUACUUACCCUGCAAACCCUCUAUUACCAUGGCAGAAACCCCCAACUAAUCUCGAUUUCUUCAGUAGCUUUACAAGCUGUACUUUGGAUAGUUCUCUUAUUGCACAAGAAGUAGGGUCUGUUGUGGGUGACAUUGUGAAUGGCUCGAGAUUGAAAGCAUAUGCCUUGGUCGAUGUUGCCAUCAAGGCUGUGUCAUCAAUGAAGGAAGGCGAAGAUGCAUUUAUGAGGGUUGGAGAAGCUUUGCAUUCUUUAGAUAAAAAGCAAUUCACAUCCGACAUUACUAUGCCGACAAUCAAGUUGCCGGAGCACAAUCAGGCGAAUGGCUCGAUUUUCAUUCCAUCAAAACCAAUGCCCAAUAGCUCGAUUUCCGGAAAAAAUGAGGAACAAGUUCCUUCAGAGCUUAUCACAUCAUGUGUCGCUACUUUGCUCAUGAUACAGAGAUGUACAGAGAGACAGUUUCCACCAGCAGAUGUGGCUCAAGUAAUUGAUUCUGCCAUUGCAAGCUUACAUCCAUGCUGUCCCCAAAACUUGCCCAUUUACCGGGAAAUACAAAUGUGUAUGGGCAAAAUUAAGACUCAAAUAUUAGCUUUAAUACCUUCUUUAGUAUGAUAUAUAUUCUUUCUUUUCAUUUGAUAUACCUACUUUAAUUCA